UGCAACAAAACUGUAGACAUAUUCGAGGACGUUACUUCAUCCGAUGUCACCAAUCAGAAUAUCGGACGUCCUUUAACAUUUUGGUACCGUUUUCGUAGUCUACGUGGUUCGCCAAGAGAUUUUGUCCUUUGGCUACGUUUUAAAAAAUUCAAAGUUAACCACUCUCAUCAAUGCCACCCACUGUGAUGGAGGAUUUUUACAGAGUGUUGAUGGUAAUGCCAAAACGGACGUAUCGAAUCGACGAGAACCGGAAAUGUUUUGCGGUGAAGCCGAACAACCACAAACGUUCAUUAGUGAAACGAGCUAUGUCAAAGUCCUCUUCCAUACCGAUAACUUCACGGAUCAGACCUACUUUGCCUUCGAUUCCAGAGCUGAACAACAGAUGGAAGUCUACCUGCGCUAUGGCCAACAUCCAGAGCUCUGUCCCAACCGAAGGGGUUAAAUUGUUCAAGGGUAAGUCCGGUAUCCGUACCGUACCCUUUUGUUGACAAAUAAAUUAACCCAAAAUUUUCCAAAUAUCAUUGUCUAUUCUAUCCUUUUGGGUAAUCUUUUCCCCCACCCCGCUUUUUCUCUCUAUCUCUGUUUCUUAUAACACAAAUUCCUCACUUAAUAAAAAAUUUUAACAAAAAAAUAAAUCUUCUCUUGAUAAAUGAUAAUAAAGAAAACAUAACUUUUUUGACUUUGGGUCCUUAUUCACA